UUAGAACUCGAGAUAGCAGAGGCAUGAUCUUGUGAAAGGCGCUUGUAAAAGUCACUUGGUUUUUUAGUUGUUUUACGAGAUAACGCAGCUCUGAUUUAAACGUACACGUGUACCCGGGGCAGCAACCAACCAACCACGUGCAGAGUCUGAGAGUGCGAGCAAUCGCGUAGACUGUACAUUAUAAGACACGAGAUGACUAACAACAAGUGCAUAUGUCAGCAGGUUUAAUACUCGAGUAGCAGGGUUCAGGUAGGACGAGUAGGGGCCUAUUUAGUUAGUGACGAGACGACCAGACGUACGUUACGUAACAUAUCAACAUCAUCAUGGCUAACAUUCUGUUGAAUGUAUCGCGGAGAAACUGUUCACCACGAAGUAAUGAGUUGUGGAGGUGCUUCACUCGGCAAUUCAACAAGCCACCAACCGCCAAUGACUUGGCAAGACCGUGUGGUAUAGCAAGCAUGCAAAGGCUUCCAGUGCAGAGUACCUCUGAAGGUCUAGAUGCCUGCUUCAUCGGGGUGCCCUUUGACAUGGGUGCAGGCAACAGGGUAGGAACGCGAUUCGGCCCCCGCCAAAUUCGAACCGAAUCUGUCCUGCUUCGUCGCACAAACAGCGGAACAGGUGCUGCCCCCUACGACUCUUUACAAGUCGCUGAUGUGGGAGAUGUACACAUAAAGUUGUUCAACAUUAAGAAGGCAUGCGAUGGCAUCAGGGAUCACUAUCGUGAGAUCAUAAAGAAUGGAUGCAAGCCACUAACCAUGGGUGGAGAUCACACAAUCACCUACCCGAUCCUGCAAGCAAUCAAGGAGAAGUACGGGCCGGUGGGGCUGAUCCACAUCGAUGCCCACGAGGACACGCAGGACGUGAUGAUCGGUGAGAAGAUCGCUCACGGAACGCCGUUCUUCCGAUGCGUGGAGGAGGGCCUCAUCGAGAGCAAGCGCGUCGUCCAGAUCGGACUCCGCGGCUCGUGUUUCGGACCGGAGGCGCGGGAGUGGGGAGUGAAGCAGGGGUUUAGAUGUGUUUCAGCAGAAGAGUGUUGGCAUAAAUCCCUAGUGCCACUCAUGGAGGAGGUUAGGGCUCAGAUGGGAUCUGGACCAGUCUACAUCAGCUUCGACAUAGAUGGAAUAGAUCCUGGUUUUGCUCCAGGCACAGGGUGUCACCACCAUACGAUACGACUGGCACGACUGCUCUGCUCGGUGCAAACCUGCUGUUUGAGAUGCUCUGCGUUCUACCUGGUGUGAAGUACGUCUAAGCAGCUGCCUCUACAACAGGACAGUAGCACAUAAAGCACAUAAAGCAUAAAGCACAUAUAGCACAUAAAAAUUCAGCAUGAAGCACCGGAUAUGUUUUUGGAUCUAACAAAUCAAGGAUUUUUCCCCAAAUAAAAGGUUGAUUUCAAAGCUC